AUGGGUGACGGAGAGCGACAGGUGCCGGUGACGGAGACCGACGGAGACGCUUCUCCUUCACGAGCCGAGACCGACGGAGACACUCUCUUUGACGAAUGGAGAUCGAGGGAGACGCUCUCCUUCACGAACGGAAACCGCCGUCAUUAUUAUGCUCUUAGAAUUUUACCGGCGGUAAAUACUAAUUGCCAGCGACCAACUGAGUCAAGUCCGAGUCACAUCGACCAAAUCGGCUUUUGGGUUUCUUCUUACCUUUGCAAAACGCCGAACGACGCAAUUUUUUUGGUUCUCCCCGAUCUCAUAGAGAUGAACGCCGUCGUUAGAGCUGCGAUUCUCAAACAGCAAAGCUUUUAUUCUCACCUGAAAUCCGCGUUUUUCCAUUCUACCCCCGUCUUGGAACGCAAACGCCGCACUUCCUGGGAUUCGAAAUCAAAUGUUAACAAGAAGAGGUUCAGAAGAAUGAGGGAAAAGCAAGAACUAUUGCGCAAUGUGAAUGCUUUUGCAGCAAACAUGUUUACGAGUUGGCAUGAUGAGUUCGAUGACGAUGUGCCCUCGUCACGGAAGAAACCUUCCUGGUUCAACAAAGACUACUCUAAGGAACCCAAAGGAAAGUGGAACGGCAAACACGGCUCCCCGAGUUGGGGUAAAAGGCAUUUCGACUUUUGCGAAGUUGAUGAGGACUUUGACGUAGAUUAUGUAUUCCGAACUGCUUUCGGUGGAUCCCGAGGUUUCUCCUUUUCAUUCACCCAUGAAGAGGAUGAACCUCGAUGGCAGCAUCACUCAUCCAGGUCCUCCAACAACACCAAGAGGUCUUGGAGAUCGAAACAUCGUAUAGACUAUGAAGAAGAAGAUGGCUAUACUUCAACAGAUUCAGAAUCCAGCGACUCUGAGUCUGAGCCAAACCAAGCUUCUCAUAGACAAGCACUUGGCCUGAGUCUCUCUGGUCCUUUAAACCUUAAAGAUGUCAAACAUGCAUAUCGAAUCUGUGCAUUAAAAUGGCAUCCAGAUCGUCAUCAAGGUUCUACCAAGGAGGCGGCUGAAGCAAAGUUCAAGCUCUGCAGUGUGGCUUAUCAAUCUUUAUGCGAAAAGCUAGCAUACUACUCUCUGAAAGAUCUCACAGAGAUGAACGCCGCCGCUAAAGCGGCGAUUUUGAGACCGCAGAGCUAUUUUUCUCUCCUGCAAACUGCGUUUUUUCAUUCUACUCCCGUCUUGGAACGCAAACGCCGUUCCUCGUCUUCUAGUUCCGUGGAAAAAGAAUUUCUGAUUUUUAUGGAGGAAAUUAAAAAUUUCUGGCAGAAAUCAAAUUCUAACAAGAAGAAGAGAUCCAAGAAAUUUUUGAAGGAACAUGAAGAAAAAAUACGUCGUGCUGUGGAAGAACUUAAACGCGAAAGGGAAGAGGCAGCCAACAAAGCCAAAGGAAACCAGAAUAAUGGCAAACAGGGCUCCAAGGGUACGCGUAAAGGUCAAUAUGGUUACGACGAUACUAGACAAUUUGAUUUUAUGUUCCGAUCAUUAUUUGGUGUACCCCGAGGUUUCAAUUAUUCAACCUAUGAAGAGGAGGAGCGUCUAUGGUGGUAUCACCCUUCAUGGGAUUCUGAUUACUCUAGGAACUCGUGGAAAUCUAAAUAUCGAUUUUAUGACAAAGAAGAAGAAGAGGUAGAAGAUGAAGAUGAAGAAGAAGAAAAGAAAAAAGAAGAUGGCAAUGGUUCAUCAAAAUCCAGUGGCCUAGCUUCUGACCCAAUCCAAGCUUCUCAUAGACAAACACUUGGUCUGAGUCCAUGGGGUCCCUUAAAACUUGAAGAUGUCAAACAUGCAUAUCGAACUUGUGCAUUGAAAUGGCAUCCAGAUCGUCAUGAUGUCUCUACCAAGGCUGAGGCUGAAGCAAAGUUCAAGCUCUGCACUGUCGCUUAUCAAUUUUUAAUCGAAAAGCUACAGUCAUCUAAGAUUCCUGGAAUUGAAGAGAUUCCGGUGAUACGCCGUGCGUAUAAUGCUCAAGGCCGUACAGAUCUUGGGUUGGUCAUCAGGGUUAACCAUCUCACAGAGAUUGACCAAGACCCGCAAGCCCUCCUCCUCCACUGUCUCUUUCAUCUCCACAUCUAUAAACCCUCUCACGAAUCACUCCACUCUCUCCUCCGCCACUUCGAGCUCUCCUCGGAGAAUCCUCUGUUUCAGCCCAACCCGAAUGUCUUCCACACGACCCGGGCCCGACCCAGUUCCAAAUUCUCCGACUUCCGUCUCUGUUCAGGCGAUGUUCGUAAGAUAAAGUUCUGUCAAUGGUGUGGAGGGCCUACGAAGCACGAGAUACCUGACGGAGAAGAGAAACUGAGAGCUAUUUGCACACACUGCGACAAAAUCGCAUACCAGAAUCCUAAGAUGGUUGUAGGCUGUCUUAUCGAGCAUGAAGAAAAGGUUUUACUUUGCAAGCGUAACAUUCAACCUUCACACGGUCUAUGGACUCUUCCUGCUGGUUAUCUAGAAGUUGGAGAGUCAGCUGCAGAAGGAGCAAUGAGGGAAACUUUGGAAGAAGCAGGAGCUACUGUGGAAGUUAUUUCUCCUUUUGCGCAGCUCGAUAUUCCUCUUAUUGGCCAAACGUAUGUUAUAUUCUUAGCAAGACUGAAGAACCUACAUUUUGCGCCUGGUCCUGAAUCAUUGGAGUGCCGUCUUUUUGCACUUGACGAGAUACCCUUUGAUUCCUUGGCUUUUUCAUCUAUAUAUGUAACCUUGAAUUUGUACUUGGAAGAUGUGAAAAACGGGAAGCUAAAGUUUCACUAUGGUACGAUAAACAAAAGGCCUGGAAGUAGUCCUUCAGAUAUUCGUGCCUUCACUCUUGAUUACCAUUUGCAGCAUUGACUCGAGGAAAGGAAAAUGGAAGUUGCUUGCGCGAGAGAUACCUUGGACAGAUGAGAGUUCUCUCAUUUCAGUUGUUGUGUUUCUGUUUCUGGUUUCAUUUGCCCCAAUUGUAAAAGGAAAUUUUCAGAUGUGAAUGAAUUUGCAAUAUUUAUUUUUGAUCAAACUCUGUGUAAUUAGUCACUGUGAAACUGUUACUUCAAGGUCUUCAGAGAAAGAGAAACCAAAAAAUAGGACUUUUAUUCAGACCAAA